AUGUUCCCCCGCUCAGGAGCUUCAGUUGAAUCAUUGAACGAGGAAAAUCGCUGGUGCCUUCGAUGCCUCGGUUUCUAUACUGGCGUCUACCAAUCUGAGAAGAAGCCGAUUCAGAAGCCGACUAUCAACUAUUAUUGUGAGAGAGGGCCUAGUCUGAAAUGCGGGAGAUGUGCCGAAUUCUCCAGGAGGACCCCAAACUUGGCCUGUCUCAUGAUACCCAAGGAGCAAUGGAGCCAAGCAUUAGAGAUUAUCGACAAGACCAGGGAGAUCUUGAUAGCGGAGCAGACUGAAGGCGAGAUUGUUGGCCGAGAUCAACAAACCGUCAAAGAAAUGUAUCGAAAUUUAGCGAAGGCGACCAGAACUUACCACAAGAUACAGUCAAAAGGCGAUCAGCAAUCAGUGGUAUCGGAAACCGAAACUUCAAUGGCCUACAGCGUGUCGUCCGACGAAGAAGAGAUUGGUGAGAUCCAUUGCGCACACAGCUUCGCAGUAGCAAGUGGUAACGGCCGUCCCCCCAACACCGCUGGCUCUUCAAAGAUCUCGAAGGCCUUGGGUGAUAUCAGAAGACUCGAGGAGGAAAAGGCAGAGGCCUCUCGCCGCCUGGGAAGAGCAAUCUGGACUGCGGGACGGGACCCGCAAUCUAUCGGACCUGCAGACGACUUGGUCCGGCUUGUGGUUGGCGAGCUGCAUCGGCAUCCAGACCAUCGUCAAGGUGAUGCGCGCAACGGUAUUUCCAACGCUUUCAGAGAAGUUGAGUCCGCUAAAGAGGCACGGGAGGAGGCCUUCCGCCGCUUGGGAGACGUCGCCCUCGCCAUCAUGCCGGCCAGCUCCGGGCCUGAGGGCAGGGGCUCGUCGGGUUCAGGCCGAGCUUUCAAUACGGGUCGUUGA